UCUAUAUACAUAUUUUUAUUGUGCAAGAACUAACAAUGAAACAGCAGUCAAUUCUGCUCCCCUAAAAUGGGGGACUAUGUAUACAAAGGGCUGUAAUUUCUACAUGGAUCACCCAAUGUGGAUGUAAACACCCUCAAAUUAAAGCUGAUAGUCUGAACGUUAACAUCAUGUUCAUUGUUUUAUUCAGUGUACAAGAGUACAGAGCCAAAACAACAAAAAAGUUAUAAUUGUUCGAACACUUUUGCAUUUAACUCUGUGUGUGUGUGUGUGUGUGUGUGUGUGUGUGUGUGUGUGUGUGUGUGUGUGUGUGUGAGCGCGUGUGAAUGCGCUCUUGUGUGUUUUGCAUUUGAGGAGGAUCACAUAUUUAUAAAAAGGCCCGCCUCUCCAGCAGUUGUUGAAACUGGAGAGGUCCCCCACCCCUCCUCCACUGUUAUUCACAUCCACGUCUCAAAGGCCUGGGAGAAAGAGGAGAAGGGAGCAUCAAUGAUUUUAGCCUAAUUUCCUCUCUUUCUCUCCCUCCCUCCCUCCUUCCCCUCUUUAUCUUUUCUUAGGACCCUCCAGCCAUGCAACCCCCACCCCUGUACAUGCACACAAACUCGCGCGCGCGCGUACACACACACACACACACACACACACGCACACACCACUCUCACAGACACAGAGCCUGCCUCAGCAUGUCCAGUGGGAGUAAGAUGAAUCACAUGUAGGAGUGUCUUUUUUUGUGGUGUUAAUGUCCCGGGAGGCCUGUAGCUCAAAGUGGUGAAUGGGAGCCAGGGUGGUGAUUACAGGCAGGAGCAAGGUGUGGCGAGACGGGGCGGACUCUGGGCUUUGUUUAGAGAAGAAGAGAGGGGACUGCUAGGCAAAGUGAAUCCAAACUGGGACUGCAGCACAACAAGGCAGGGAACUGGAAACAGAAGCGCAUGCUGGACUUGGCUCUAAGGAUGUGCAUUAGAACAGCUGUGCAUUUUGGGGCUCCUGCUGUGAUGCUGUAUGGUUGUUAAGGAACUUCUUAACUCAGAGGGGGCCUUUGUAAGAGAUUCUGCUGGAAAUGGACUCCGCCACAGAGGCAAAUGCCUUUGGGUCUUUAAACAUGACGGAAGGCUUCACGCGUGGCGGAAAAGGACCUAAUCUGGCCCUUGUUUGAUCUUGGUGGAUGAACUUAGUUUCUGAGAGGAAUACAGAACAGCACUGAUUUAAAUGCAGAAGAGUGAGGAAUAUGGGACAUUUUUGUACUCGGGUUCAUGACUGCAAAGGAGAGACUUUGUACUACUAUGUACUAUGCCUUGUUAUAUUAACAAUUGCAGGUAAAGUGUUUCCCACAAACUCAGACACACUCCUUGGUGCUUCUGUAGCCACCACCACACCCAUCCCUCCUGAAGUUUACCUUCCAGCCAACUUCAAGCUCUCCAAUGCACAGCUGGCCUUCUUCUUGCGGGAGUCACCAUUGCAGGGUGGCCAAAGUGGGCACCCACUCCAACGUUCCGAGAGCUUUGUGGUGUUCCAAACCAAGGAGCUCCCAGCAGUCAACAUCACCUUUGGCCCUUUUGCACAGGACCAGAUGCUCUCUAAAGACCUGCUCCAACCAUCUAGCCCACUGGAGAUCCCCAGCCGCCUGACGGUCAACUGGAAGGUAAGAGCCUUCAUAGUGCAGUCCAGGGUAUUCUCCAGCAACCCUGUUGUCCAAGUGCUGUUCUACAUUGCUGGCCGGGACUGGGAUGACUUCAAGGUGCUGGACAUGCUCCCCUGUGUCAGGCUCCAUGCAUUUAGGGACAUCCGCGAGAUCAAGACAUCCUGCAGGCUGCGGGGGAAUCUGGCCCAGUGCUUGGCCCAGCUGGAGCUCCCUGGGACAUGGUUCAACAUCAAUGUGGCACCCCUGGGGCGAAGGAAAGCAGUGGAGGGGAUAGAGCUGAGUGGGGAGACCCUUCAGGUGGAGCUCUAUUACACUGUCCAUGACCCGAACAACAGCGGGGAGUGCGGAGAUGUCUCCAACCACAGGGGGGUGGGUGGGUCCAGAGGUGAAAUGCCCAUGCAACACCCACUGCUCCGGAUCGGAAGUAUCAGCCUGUACCAGCCAAGCCAGGAGCAGAUGGUUGUAGACAAGCAGCUGGACAAGAACAUAUUCCUCAGAUUGCCGGAGAAACCUCUGAAGCCCGGCGAGACCCUCAACAUCUAUCUGUUCCUGGUGCCCAACUCCACCGUUGAGCAGUUCACCCUUAAGGUGAAGGCAAAGAAAGGGGUGAAUCUUCUCAACCCCAGAUCCAAGAGCUCCCAAUGGAAACUGGAGUGUGUGGUGCAAUCUGGGGCCAAGCACUCUAUCGCCACUAUAGACGUCACCAAGAGCAAAAACGUGCAAUUGGGGGAUGUCACAACUAACAUAGAGAUCAUGCAGUUAGACUUUGAGAUGGAGAACUUCACCAGCCAGUCUGUUACCCGGAGAAUCAAUUGGAACAUUGACUACCAUGGUCAAAACCCCCCUCCGGACUCUGAAAAAGUUGUGACAGAGCUUACUGUGGUCCAGCAGGACAUACAAGCCAUCAUCCCUCUUUCUAUGGAUACUGAAAUCAUCAACACGGCUGUUCUGACUGGCCGAACAGUUGCCAUCCCAGUGAAGGUUGUCUCCAUAGAGAUAAGCGGGGUUGUCACUGAUGUCUCCUCCUUUGUUGAGUGCAAGUCCUCCAACGAAGACAUUGUCAAGGUGUCCAUGAACUGUGACUAUGUGUUUGUGAAUGGAAAGGAGACACGAGGCUCCAUGAACGCCAGAGUGAUCUUCAGCUACGAGCAUCUGAGCGCGCCCCUGGAGCUGACUGUGUGGGUGCCCAAGCUACCUCUGCAGGUCGAGCUCUCCGACAGCAGGCUCAGUUUCAUCAAGGGGUGGAGGGUCCCCAUCCUGCCAGAUCGCAGGAUCACAAGGGACAGCGACGAUGAGGAAGAAGAUGACCGGAAGGUGAGCCGGGGCUGCACCCUCCAGUACCAGCAUGCCGUGGUCAAGGUGCUGACCCAGUUUCACACCACCUCGACCGAAGGCACUGACCAGGUCAUAACCAUGCUGGGGCCGGAUUGGCAGGUGGACGUCACAGACCUGGUGCAGGAUUCCCUGAAGGUGUCUGACCCCAGAGUGGCAGAGCUGGUUGACCGCACAGUCCUGGUGGGCUUAGAGGUUGGAACCACCACAUUGAAGGUGGAGUCCCCGCUGGCUGUGGAGGCUGUGCUUGGUGAUACCAUGUUCUCCGUCAUCGAUGAUAAAGUGUCCAUUCUGGAACUUCGAGUGCACGCUGUUUCAGGCCUAUCUCUGAUGCUACAACCCAGCCCCGGCAACAGCCACACCAUGGUCGCCAAGGCAACUGGCCUACAGACACUCUCCACUCCAAAACAGGAGGCGAGCCUCUCCAUCUGGGUUUACUAUAGUGAUAACACUGCGGCCCCUCUGAACCUGUUUGACCCAAAAGACUACAACCUGAAUGCUUCAACUCUGGAUGACAAAGUGGUGACCAUUACCCAGGACCCUCAGCUGCAAUGGCCAGUCAUCGUGGCAGAGGGUGAGGGCUCUGGAGAGAUAAUCCGUCUGGAGAUGACUAUCUGUGAGGCCUGCCAGAAGACAAAGCGCAAAAGCAUCAUCGCCUCAGCACCUGUGUAUGUCAAGGUUCACUUUGGCCCAGAGGAUGACUCAGAGGAAGAAGGUGAGGACUAUCCAGGAGGCCGUGGGAGCCAUGGCAUACCUGGCCACGGCGAGGGCGAAGAGUCACCCAACACCAGGAAACCAAUCGUUGAUCCUAACAAUGAUGGGGGAAGCUAUGAAGCAGCCAAUGAGCAGCCCGCCAGUGUCCCCAUUGACUACACCAAUUUCCCGACCAUCGGCAACCCAGAAUCACCCACAGAAGGAGAUGACGAGGGGGAUAUAAGCCGGCCCCGCAGCAUGACAGACCUGGAGAUUGGCAUGUAUGCCCUGUUGGGGGUCUUUUGCCUGGCCAUCCUGGUCUUCCUGAUCAACUGCAUUGUCUUUGUCCUCAAGUACCGCCACAAGCGCAUCCCUCCAGAGGGACAGGCAAACAUGGACCACUCCCACCACUGGGUGUUCCUAGGAAACGGGCAGCCUCUGCGGACCCAGGGUGACCUCUCUCCCCAGCAGGUGGAGAGUCCCAGCAACCCCUUGGAAGGGGUACAGACUUGCUGCCACGGAGACCACCACAGCAGCGGCAGCUCCCAGACCAGCGUUCAGAGUCAGGUGCACGGGCGGGGGGAUGGGAGCUCAGGGGGCUCCACUAAGGAGCACAGUGAAGAACCCAACUCCCCUACCUCCAAGCGCAAACGGGUCAAGUUCACCACUUUUACCACCCUCCCCAAUGAGGACAUGCCCUACAAUUCCAUCCCUAUUGCAGAUGAGGAGGACAUUCAGUGGGUCUGUCAGGAUAUGGGCUUUCAGGACCCAGAGGAACUGCAUGACUACAUGCGCAGGAUAAAAGAAAUAGCCUAGUGGAUCUGGCCUAGAGGGACAGUCUGCUGCUGAGCUUUCUCAGAACUUUUCUUCUCUAUCUUUCUCUUUUUUCACUUUAGUGGAGGUAUCUUUUCACAAACAACCAAGGCCAAUUCUUCUUCUGGGGUUUUAUUUUUGAUUGAGUUUUUUGUUUCGGGGGGUUUCUUUUUUAUUUGCACAGUGCUGUUUCCUGUGUACUCACUCACUUAUUGGACAGUUGUAGCAUAAUUGAAAAAAUAAAAAAUGGAAACAAAUGGAACGCCAAAGACCGAACCAGAGUAAUUUGAUCACUGGGCAAAAUGGCUUUCUGUGGCUAACACUCCUCCGAAGAAAGGGGAGUAAACUCUCACAGUACCAUAGAGACUUCUUUCUUUAUGUACAGUGCUCGUGUGGAGAUGGAAUUUUCUGAAGCACUGCACCUUUCCCAUUGGGAAUGUGUGCAUGAACUUGCUACGGGUUGGACUGUUAUUUGAGGAAGGGGUAGCAUCUUGGCUCCGUGUUCACUAGUUUAUCAAUAAUCCAAGUACCUUCACUAACAAUGCCUUCGAUAUACAGGUCAGAAACCCUGAAUGUUGGCAAGGCUGGUUUCUGCAAACAAGGACAACUUUAACUUAAAUUCAUUGUCCAGGACACUCAUGAAAUCACUUAAUGGAUUCAAUUUGCCAACAUAGUGAAACACUUUUAAUGGCUUUUUCCUCUUUCCUUCUCUCAUUCUUCUUUGGGCUCAAACUCAUGCUUUGACACUCAAUACCCCCCCCCCCCCCCCUCACAGUUUCAUACUUGACCAGUCACAAAUUAACAAAGACCCCUUAAAUGGUUUAAUUCACACCCUUAAUGUGACUUUUAUGCCUGAAUCUUAAAUCUGAAAUGGUCUUACAGACUUGACUUUGAAAAGUUAAUGUGAACACUAUGGUUAUUAGGAAAUAUGAAGGGGUCUAUUAUCCAGGACACUGAUUAGAAAGGCUACUGAUGGAAUGAUGGGAGCUUGAAUAUUGUCACUUGGACAUCUUUCCCAACAUUGUUUGCAACAAUUUUCCAAAUUUGUAAAUGUUUGUAUUGUAAUAAUUAUCUAAUCAUACAUAGACAAUAGUAAAGGAUGUAUUAUCAUGCAUUAUCAUGCAUGCUAUGUCAGACCUGUUGUACAACCACUUGUGCAUGUACAUACUAUGACCCGCUGAUUUCCUCUUCAGCAGAAACAUGCAAACCAUGCACACACUAACAUGCAGACAGGUGGGCAAGGAGAUGGUAGUUAGCCCAUCUCUGCAAUUUUAAAUUUGCUGAUCAGCGUCCGCUUUUGCUAUAACUUUCUGCUUAGAACUGUAGGAACUACAAGAGUACAUAAUUUCAGAUUUUCUGAUACAGGAAAGGAAUUCCCCCCCCCCAAACUGCAGUAGGCACCCCCAGCAGAAUAUAUUGUCCCUGACUGAUGUAAUCCAUUCACACUUUGUGUUGUCAUGCAUUCAUUAAUACACCUGUCAUUGUUAUUAUAUUCAUUGUAUUUGUUUCACACAUAAAUAUUAUAUUCUAAAGAUCCAUGUAACUUUGAUGUGCCUGGUCAAAACCUUUGUAUAGCACAGACCAGUGGUUCAUUUAGUUAUGUCAAGGACUGACUUGAUAUGAAAGAAUCCUCAUCUUGUGAGAAAAUGAGUCCAAGAUUGCUUUUAGUCUUUUGAACAGCAUCCAAGCAUUCACAUCACAGAUUCACACACCUAUAACAAGGUGACAUUAUCUUAACUACUUAAUAUUAUCAUACAGAGACGACACUAUAGCAUUAAGGGUAAGACACAAUGAUUGAUCUGAGUUCAGAUUGUUUGAUCACACACGUGACCUCCAGUAUUAGUUUUUACGUCAUGGGGAUUUUUUCUAGCUGCAAAUGAGAGGAAGAUACAACUUGAUUUACACAGUUUUUUCAUAAAUGGCAAUGGAGAGUUCUAUAAACUGGGAAUAACUACUAUAGUUACCCAAUUCCCACAUAUUUUUCUAAAAACCCCCUUAAAUUCCGAGGGUAAAAGUUAAGUUAAUAGCGGUAGGAAUUUACCAACAACAGUGUUGACUUGUCUUCAAUUACAUUUGGUGCCAAAAUGCUAAACCAGUAGUGAAGCUAAGCAUAAGACAAGUUUUAGGAAAAAAAAAAAAAUCUAGACAGCUGUGUAUUUGUGGAUAUUUUCCAAUUGUUUAGAGCAGUGGUGUCUAAUCUUAUUUUAAAAGGGCCAGUGCAGGAGAAGGUUUUUGUCUUAAUCCAUUAUUAUUAACUAAUCAUGGUCUUCAUGAUUAGUAAUCGCUGCACCCACACUGAACCUUUUUGGGUAAGGACACCCUUGGUUUAGAGAGAAGUGUGAGGGGAGCAGGGGGUCGAUCACAGGGCUGGGAAAGCUGUGUUUGUUAGGGGGAUCUAAAUUUGGCCAGGCCUCAAUCUUGUCAAUAAGUAAAAAUGCUAAUUAAAUAGAAAUACAUUCCUCUGACAUGUUGGUAUAACUAUUGCUUACUUUUCUCCAAGUUUAUGUUUUAUCUUGGUAUAACUAUCGCUUGCUUUUCUCCAUGUUUAUGUCUUAUCUUAGUACACGCCCCAUUGCCACCUGUUGAGCCCAAUCAUUUUCUCUGUCUAAUUUUGGAAGAAAAUGUUUCUAAUCAAAUUGCAUUUCUUCCAUUACUUUAAUAGCUUGAUUGAGCUAUCACAUCAAUUAGGAGUCUGUGCCAUUGCUUACCAGUGACACUGAUCACUGCCAUUUUGAUCCUAUUUCUCCUGCCAUUUUCUUCAUGCCUUGCCCUCUUCUAAAUUAAAUUUUCUACAUUCCUGGUGUGCAUCUUCAGUCAUUUAAUUGAAUAACACUCUUGUUAUUAAAAUUUUAUUAUGUCCUAAUGAAAUCACUUUAGCGUCUCAAAGUAAGUGAUGUUGAUUAUCAAAAUACAUGGAAAUACAAGCCCUAGCUGUAACAAAACAACAGGAACAGUAGUGCGAUCAGAUUGGAGUAUUGAUAGUUGCCAAGAAGGCUUUUGUUUUACACACAAAAGUGCAUCAAACACAUUUUAAAUUAUGGCGUCUCAGGAUGAAUGUAUGAUUCUCAUUUGUCCCUUGAUCCCAGAAAGAGUAUUUUGUCAAUUGUACUUUAGUGGUCCACCUUAACAGAUUUGACAGAGUUUAACAAUUCUUCUAGGAAAGUUUCUAUUAGCAGCUUUUCAAUUCUUUGUACGACCACUUUUUUAUUUUCUCAGAGAGGGUUUCAUGUACUAUCAAAUGAAUUUUAUUAAUUAGUUGUUUAAACAUUUAUGUUCCUAAUCUUUUUACUUUUAUUUUUUCAUGUAUAUAUGUAUAUGCAAACUACUUUUUGUAUUGUUAGACUGGUGAAGAUGUCCAUGAUGUGCAUUCUGUGUAUUUUGCAAGCUGCUAUUAGAGACUUUACCCUUUACACAUCAUGUGAUGUUAUACUGUUAUACUCUGAAAUACAUCCUGUGGAGACCUGUGGAAGCAUGGUUCGGGUGGUCACAUGCCACUGAAAUUAGAACACAUACAUGUACAGAACACUGUUGAAUUUUCCUGUAUUCUCCUAAAAAAAGUCCCCUUGUAUUUCCCCCUUGUAUGUAAGUACUAAAGAAAUUACAAAUGCA